UUACUUUCAGCCGAGAACGAUCGUCUUCCACUUUGUAUUCACACACGUGCGCCUACCACCCGGCACCUUUCACGUAGUACUAUAGUGGGGAGUAAGAGCACUUUGGGGGCGAAUGUUGACGGUACAGUAGCGGCCUGGGUUUUGUUUAGAACACGCAGCUAGAUAAUUCGAGCUGAGCUAGCGGACGGCUGGAUCAAAGAAGUUUUCCGGAGGUCGAAGUGAGAGCAUUUGGGCCUUUUCAGACAACGUAUUUGGACAGGAACAUUGACAAUGGACGUCUUGCUAAGCCUUCAGGCUUCCGAUGUUGGAAGGGGCGAUGAUGACGAUGAUGGCUCUCACCCUGACAUCAGUGCGAGUGAAGAUGAGGAUGACUUGGAGGACGACUCAAGACAUUCUAAACUCUUGGAAGCCAUUGGCGGCAUGGAAACAAAAAGGAGGUCAAAGGUCAAACAGAGGUCAGAAGCCAGUGCAGUAGUUUCAGAAUACCAGCUGAAUACCAAGGAUGUCCAGGGAAAAGGAGUCUGGAUCCACGAUCUCAUGGGGUCUCUGAAGAACACCCCAUCACACUCUGCACUGAAGAAACAGAUGAACAAUGUCCAGAAACGCAAGACUCUGCCCACUCCCCUACACAAGCAUGAAGCAGAGAAGAUCCAGCGGACGAUGGCCUACGAGGGCGUGAGCAAGGAGGUUUCCAAGUGGGACCAGGUAGUCCAGACCAACCGUAAGGCUGAGCACCUGUCCUUUCCUCUCAAUCAAGAUGUCGUUGGACUUCAGACCACAGACCAGUUUGUCAAGAAGUUUAAGCCAAGCACUCCAUUGGAGCAAGAAGUCUACAAGAUUCUGCAUGGCAGUAAGUUUGCUGAGCGGCCCAACAAACAACUCUCUCAGGCUGAAGAAGAGGCUAUCAAAGCCAUGAGCCUGUCAGAGGCUCGAGACAGGAGAGCAGAGCUCCAAAAGCACAGAGCUCUCAUGUCCUUCUACGAAGCCAAGUGCAGAAGACAGAAAAAGAUCAAGAGCAAAAAGUACCAUCGUAUCCAGAGGAAGAGCAGGGAAAAACAGGACUCUAAGAAGAUGGAAGAACUCAUGGAAGAUGACCCUGAAGGUGCCAAAGAAACUAUGGACAAACUAGAAAAAGCAAGGGCAACGGAAAGAAUGAGUCUGAAGCAUAGGAACACUGGAAAGUGGGCUAAGACUUUGAUGAGAUAUGGGAAGCACAAUAUAUCGGCAAGAAAAGAGCUUGCUCAGCAGCUUCAUAAAAGCCAUGAACUGACUGAGAAGAUUGCAGAGGUGAACGAAGACAACAAUGGAGAGAAGAAUGAAGAGGAGGAGGAAGAGGAGAAUACUGCUCAGCCAUCACUUAGCGAUAUCAACAAUCCCUGGUUCACCGGCAGUAUGGUUGGGAAGGAUAAAGAGAGAGGGGAGGAGGAGGAAGAGAAGAACAGAGGGGAAGAGUAUGUGGCUCUGGAAGCAGUACAGGUGAGGAGAGAUAGUGACGGAUCAGAUGGAGAGGAGAAUGAAGCUGAAGAUGAGGAGGAGGACGAGAUCGAGAAGGACCACAGGAUGUUGAAGGAGAUACAGGAGGAGAGGAGGAAAUGGAAGGAUGGUAGUGAUGAGAAUGAGGAGGAGGAGGAGGAGGAGGAGGGCAAUGAUGACCAGGGUGGAGAAGUAGAAGUAGGGAAGAGAGAAAAGAUGAGCAAAGGGUUUACAAAGCAAGAAAGGACUAAGUCAACCAAAGUGGACAAAAAGAGCAAGCGAAAGAAAGUCAAGGUCAUUGAAGUGAAUGAUGAGGAUGAUAAGGAAGGUGAUGGUGCAGGGGAGUCCCUCCUUGAGGAAGGAACUGAGAGACGUCAGACACACUCCUCUCUGGAGGACCAAGACUGGCUACACAGACUGGAAGAGGAAGGCAAGCAGUCGCCACAGUUACAAUCUAACGAUGCCAUCCAUACCGACAGUAACAUCCAGAAGGAGAAAGAAUCAAAGAAGAAAUCCUCAGGAAUGGUCGACCCGAGCAAAGUCUUUAUCGUGAAACCCAAGGAGAUGCUGAAGUCGGCGAUGCCGGUGCUGGUCGACCAGGGAGACGAAGUCGAUGGAGACAACGAGAGGAUGGUACACCGCAUGAAUAUCCAGCAGGCGUUUGCAGAUGACGAUGUGGUGGAAGAGUUCAAGGAAGAAAAGAAAGCAAGAAUUGAGAAAGACAAACCAAAGGACAUCGACCUUACCCUUCCAGGGUGGGGUGACUGGGGAGGAACAGGGGUGCAAGCUUCUAAAAAGAAAAAGAAAAGAUUCACCAUGAAAGCAAAACCUCAAGCUCCAAGACAGGAUGCCAGGUUAGCUCAUGUCAUCAUCAAUGAGAAUAGAGACAAGAAGAUCGCCAUCCAUCAGGUGAAUUCGCUCCCUUUCCCCUUCUCCAACACGGAUCAGUUCGAGAGGAGCAUCCGCGCCCCUGUCGGCAGCACCUGGAACACCCCCUCUGCGGUCAAGGCCCUGACCACGCCCAAAGUCAGCACCAAGAUGGGAACCAUCAUCCAACCCAUCCAGGCGGAGGAGGCCUUCAGGGAGAAGAACAGGAAACGCAAGAAGAUGGAGGAGAUGAGGAAGAAGAGGAAAGGACAGAAACCGGAUAUUGUGUUUGACGAGGGGAAUGAAAAGAAGAAGAGGAGAGGCAAGGCAAAAUGAUCUACCGACUCGGAUCAUUCUUGCAGCAAAUUUAGUACUGCGCCGUCGAAUGUGGACAAACAAAGGCGUGCAAUUUUGUUACACAAUGAUUCAAUCAGAGGCAGCAGGUUCAAGAGUGAAUAGAGCAAAUUCUAGAUAUUUUAUGUCGUACACAUUUGAAGAGGAACAAAUGAGCAAAAUUUGAAUCAUUGUAUGUUGAUUAUCUAUUAUCAUUUCAUGCUCCGUCGAGAAAUUGAUUCUAAGUGUACUCGAUGGCAAGAUUCAAGAGGAAAACCAAUUAAGUGAGAUUUAUCUUUAAAUAUCUUGAGCCAUGUCUGAACAGUAGACUAGGUAGUAGCUGUUGGGGGUUAGAGACAAGCUAGGAAAUCAGGAUGUGGGAAAAUGAGAUCCAAGACAUGAUCUGACAAUGUUUGCUCCUCGCUAUAUUUUUUGUCCAUAAAUAUAGGGAUAGGGUUGCAAUUGUUGCAUUUUAGGGUUAGUGUUGGUUAUGUCCAGGGUGGAAGUGAGGAAUUGGUAAGUGUUAUGACUAAUCUCUUCCUCUCUCUCUCUCCUCUCCUUCCUCACUUUCUCUUCCAUUCUUUGUCUCCACCUCUGUUUUUUUACACACUGUACCAGCCACGGUCACCCCAAAAGAUGCAUGUGUAUGUAGUUCCACAUGUUAUUUUAUUCAUACUCCUUAUCUGUUAGCCAUUAGAAUGAUGGAUGAAGCUUUUUUAAGGGUUGAUUUUAUACCUACUAGCUUUACACAAAUAAUUUUUCACGUGAUUGGUACACAUUAAGCUACUCUCUCAAACCCAACAGUAUAUCAUAAUCAAACAAAGUGACUUUGUUACUCACUAGUUAAAUGAGUACUGGAAACAACUUUUAUUUACCCCAUUCAUUGUAUAAUGAUUGAUUAAAUGAAAAUAAAUAUACUUUAUUUACAAGGUAUCAUACUGACUA